AUGGCAGCACGAUUUCAAGGACCAAAGGAACAUGUACAAGUUUAUUUCUUGGAUAAAGUUUGGUUGUGCAAGGGAUUAAAUCUCAGUUUGGAUAAGAUCAGAAAUGAAGUUGCUCAGGGACUUUGGUGGAGAGAUAUGGCCAACUACGCUAUUGGGAGAAAAUACGAGACCACCGACGAUUUACUACAUGAUCUGGUGCAGUUUGAAUCAAUGGAUAGCAGUCGACGCGAACGAAUCAGUGAGUACAAAGGUCAAUUGGUGGGAAAUCCAGGACGAAAACGAGGUGAGGCAGUAACGUUUCCACGACUUCCGAUGGUUGAAGGUCCGAAGUACGAUGAAAAAUCAAUGGUAAAAUCAGGAAAAACGCCCUUUGAGGCACUUUACGACUAUUUACCUAGAUUUGAGAAUGGUGAAUUAAGAGAAUUAACGAUUAAUCGAGAAAAAUAUAUGUUACCGGCCGACAUUCAGAGAGAAGUACGUGAUAAUAUUGUAAAAGCGCAAGAAAAGUAUAAAUCACAUUACGAUAAGAACAAAUUUUCGAAUGUACACUACGAAAUUGGAGACAUUUGUUUGUAAAGAGAAAUUCUGUGUCGACAGGUCAGUCUACGAAACUACAACCUUUGUUUAGCGGCCCGAUGGUUGUUGUACAAAAGCUGCCUAGCGAUACUUAUCAAAUAAAGAAAUUAAACGAAAGUAACGAUAGAGGAUUUUCAACAACCGCGCAUGUCAGCCAGAUGAAAAUCUGGAAAGGUCAAGUUGAUAAAGAUGAUAACGAAUAUGACAGUGAUAAAGAAAGUCUAAAUGAUAUUGACAAAUCAAACGAAAUAAAUUG